GUGACAAUUUGCAAGCGGACUCGAGAAGUCGAAGUAAACAAGAUUCGCGGCGGAAGCAGACAUAGGGCGACGCCGGAGCGGCUGGAGGCGCUGCAGCUGGUGGCGACGUUGGUGCUCUUCUCUGAUCGGUGGCGCCGUGGAGUUAAAGCGAGAAGAAUAGGAGGAGAGAGAUGAUUUGAUUCGCUAAUUGCGAGCCCUAAUUGUAUUAAAUUCGAUGUGUGCUCACUGAACUAUUGAGGCUAUCAACAAUUAGCGGAAAUACAUAAAUAAUAAUACGAGAGACCUAAAAUGGCGGAGAUAGGUCAAGAAUCGGUGGAUUUUUCGACUCUGGUGAGUCGAGCUGCAGAGGAAUCAUACCUUUCUUUAAAGGAAUUGGUGGAGAAAUCGAAAUCUUCUGAAAUGUCGGAUUCUGAAAAGAAAAUUAGCAUACUCAAGUAUCUUGUUAAGACUCAGCAGCGUAUGCUCCGACUCAAUGUUCUUGCGCAAUGGUGCCAACAGGUACCACUGAUACAAUAUAGUCAACAACUUGCAUCAACCCUGUCAAGUCAUGAAACAUGCUUCACUCAAGCGGCAGAUUCAAUGUUUUUCAUGCACGAGGGACUGCAACAAGCUCGUGCUCCAAUUUAUGAUGUUCCAUCUGCCAUUGAAGUUCUCCUUACAGGCACAUACCAACGUUUGCCAAAGUGCACAGAAGAUGUAGGCAUCCAAACCACUUUAACCGAGAAACAACAGAAACCUGUAUUAAAGAAAUUAGACACCAUAGUCAGAUCAAAACUACUCGAAACACCACUUCCCAAAGAGUUCACAGAAGUCAAGAUCUUUGAUGGAACAGUCCAUCUUUAUGUCCAAGGAGAGUUUAAGGUACUACUAACCCUUGGCUACCGUGGGCACCUUUCAAUGUGGAGAAUCUUGCAUUUAGAAGUACUUGUUGGUGAGAGAACUGGUUUAGUUAAGCUUGAAGAAAUGAGACGAUUUGUUCUUGGAGAUGAUUUGGAACGCAGAAUGGCAGCUUCUGAUACUCCAUUUGCAACUUUGUAUUCUAUUUUACAUGAAUUUUGUGUAGCUCUUAUUAUGGAUACUGUUAUAAGACAAGUUCAAGCACUAAGGGCAGGUAGAUGGAAAGAUGCAAUUCGGUUUGAACUCAUAUCUGAUGGUAGUUCAAGUCAAAGUUCUAUACAACUUGGUCAAGAUGGAGAGACUGAUUCUGGUGGUUUAAGGACUCCAGGGUUAAAGAUUCUUUACUGGUUGGAAUGUGAGAAGAACAAUGGGACAUCAGAUGCGGGUUCUUGUCCUUUUAUUAAGAUUGAACCAGGGUUAGACUUGCGAAUAAAGUGUCUACAUAGUUCAUUUGUCAUUGACCCUUUGACUAACAAGGAGGCAGAGUUUUCAAUUGACCAGAGCUGUAUUGAUGUUGAGAAAUUGCUGCUAAGAGCUAUAUGCUGUAAUAAGUAUACUCGUCUGCUUGAAAUUUAUAAAGAGUUGGGGCAAAAUAGUCAUAUUGGUCGAGCUGCAGGUGAUGUUCUUCUUCACACCCCAAUUGAUCCACCUGGCGAUGAGUACGAAAAGGACAACCAAUCAGAAUCUGAAGGACAGGAAGUACUACGUGUCCGUGCCUAUGGUUCAUCAUUUUUUACACUUGGAAUAAAUAUAAGGAGUGGGAGGUUUCUUCUUCAUUCAUCAAGAAGUACAGUUACAUCUUCAGCCUUAAGAGAAUGUGAGGAAGCACUAAAUCAAGGAAGUAUAACUGCAGCUGAAGCUUUUAUAAGCUUGAAAAGCAAAAGUUUACUUCAUUUAUUUGCAUGUAUUGGGAGGUUUUUAGGACUCCAGGUGUUUGAACACGGUUUUUCUCCAGUGAAAGUACCAAAACAAAUCUUAAACAGUUCCAACAUGCUUCUCAUGGGAUUCCCAGAUUGUGGGAGCUCUUAUUUUCUCCUAAUGCAACUCGAAGACAACUUUACCCCUAUUUUCAAGCUCUUAGAAACACAACCAGAUCCAUCUGCAAAACACGAACCUUCUGGCAUCUCAAAUCUUGUUACACGUGCUAAAAACAUUGAUAUAAAUCAAAUGCACAUUCUUGAAAGUCAACCCAGUUUGACCCUUUCCCUAACAUCUGACCCCACUUCUGAUCAUACUCUUCUUUCUGAUUUGGGCAAUGAAACCUCUGCUUCUGCUUCUGGUCUUUUGUCUGUUUUUUCUUCUAUUGUUGAUGAAGUCUUUGACCAAGAAAGACGGUCAACUGCCCCUGGCUUUCCUGUUCAGACUUUUGGUAAUGCCUUUAGUAAUAGUUUGUUGUAUAAUAAUAUGGGUAGUAGUUAUAAAGGUAGGCCCCAAUCUGGGCCCACCACUUCUUCUCUCAUUUCUCCCCCUGGAAGAAGCACAGUUAUAAAGAAACUUUCUGAUCAAGAUUUGGCUUCUAGAUCUCCACAUUCUGGUUUUAGAAAUUCUAUUGCUGGAACUUCAGCUCCACUAUCAGAUUCUCCAAUCAGAUACGAUCCCGGAUCAAGAAAACGUGCUUUAUUAGACAUGUUAGACUUACUCCCAUCACUCAAACCCUCAGAAACCCUUGAAGAACCCUCAAAAAGAAGGAAAAUUACCAAAAACCCCUCGGGGACACUCAGCAACAUGGAAAAAUACCGAUAUGUAAACCUUAUAGCCGAAGCAAACAAAGGAGACGCCCCAUCAAGUAUUUACGUUUCCGCCCUUCUUCACGUAGUCCGCCAUUGCUCUCUCUGCAUCAAACACGCCCGUUUGACCAGUCAAAUGGACGCCCUUGACAUUCCAUAUGCAGAAGAAGUGGGCCUACGAAACGCAUCUUCAAACAUAUGGUUUCGACUCCCCUUUGCCCGAGGUGACACAUGGGAACAUAUUUGCUUGCGUUUGGGCAGCCCGGGCAGCAUGUAUUGGGACGUGAAAAUCAACGAUCAACACUUCAUGGACUUGUACGAGCUUCAAAAGGGCAGCUCGGGCAACUCGGGCAGUUCGGGCACGCCAUGGGGUUCGGGUGUUAGGAUUGUGAAUACUUCCGAUAUUGAUUCCCAUAUUCGGUAUGAUUCCGAUGGUGUUGUGUUGACUUAUAAUUCGGUUGAAUCCGAUAGUAUUCGAAAGCUGGUUGCUGAUAUUGAAAGGUUAGCGAAUGCGCGUACGUUUGCUUUGGGAAUGAGGAAGCUACUUAUUGAUUCCGAUGAGAAAGACGAAAGCCGAAGUAAUUCCGAUUCCGGAGUUGGGAAGUAUCCGGAACAGAUGAGGAGGGCGUUUAAGAUUGAAGCGGUUGGGUUAAUGAGUUUGUGGUUUAGUUUUGGUUCCGGAGUUCUUGCAAGGUUUGUAGUGGAAUGGGAAUCGGGAAAAAGCGGAUGUACAAUGCAUGUUUCACCUGAUCAGCUUUGGCCUCAUACAAAGUUUUUGGAGGAUUUCAUCAAUGGGACGGAAGUGUCAUCUCUUUUGGACUGCAUCCGUCUGACAGCGGGACCCUUACAUGCCCUAGCAGCUGCAACACGUCCUGCCCGAGCUGCCCCUGUUUCCGGGGUCCCUAACACCGCACCUUCUUCAUCUCUCUCAAAACCAAACACAUACAACAACACUUCUUCACCUGCCGCCACAAAUCUUGGAACCCACACGGCGGCGAUGUUAACCGCCGCCACGGCCGCCGCCCGCGGCGGCCCCGGAAUCGUCCCGAGCUCUCUCUUACCAAUCGACGUCUCGUUUGUUCUCCGUGGCCCGUAUUGGAUCCGAAUAAUAUACCGGAAAUAUUUCGCGGUGGACAUGCGGUGUUUCGCCGGAGACCAAGUCUGGCUGCAACCCGCCACCCCGCCAAAGGGCGGCCCUACCGCCGGAGGGUCGCUACCUUGUCCCCAAUUCCGACCCUUCAUCAUGGAGCACGUUGCUCAGGAGUUAAACGGUUUAGACCCGAAUAAUUUCUCGGGUCAAGGAUCGACGAAUUCCAAUUCCGGAAACAGAGCGAGUCCGGCUGGAAUCACGCGUUCCGGGGUUCAACCGUUUAGUCGGGGUGCAACCGCGAUGCCGACAUCUUCGGGUUUAGGGAGCCCGGGAUUGGGGUUACGUAGGACACCUGGGGCGGUUGUUCCGGCUCAUGUUAGGGGGGAGUUGAAUACUGCUAUUAUCGGACUCGGUGAUGAUGGUGGUUAUGGUGGUGGGUGGGUCCCACUUGUUGCUCUUAAAAAGGUUCUUAGAGGGAUUCUCAAGUACCUUGGAGUUUUGUGGCUUUUUGCUCAGUUACCAGAGCUUUUGAAGGAGAUUCUCGGAUCCAUUUUGAAGGAUAACGAAGGUGCACUGUUAAAUUUGGAUCAGGAGCAACCCGCUUUGCGCUUCUUUGUGGGUGGGUAUGUAUUUGCAGUGAGUGUCCACAGAGUCCAACUUCUUCUCCAAGUUUUGAGUGUAAAACGCUUCCAUCAUUCUCAACAACAAAACCAAAACCAACAACAACCAAACGCAAUCACAGCCCAAGAAGAGCUCACCCAAUCAGAAAUCAGCGAAAUCUGUGAUUACUUCAGCCGCCGAGUCGCGUCGGAACCCUACGACGCGUCCCGUGUCGCCUCCUUCAUCACCCUCCUCACCCUCCCAAUCUCUGUCCUCCGCGAAUUCCUCAAACUCAUCGCGUGGAAAAAAUCGCUCGCGUCCCAGUCAGCAUCCGACACCCCGCCAGCUCAGCGAUCACGAAUUGAACUCUGCCUCGAGAACCACACCGGAGUUGAGGUUAUGUCGCCGGAAAAUGCAACCGGAAAUGGAAACUCUCCGGCGACGAAAAGUAAUAUACAUUAUGACCGGGGGCAUAAUGCGGUUGACUUUGGGUUGACCGUGGUGCUUGACCCGGCGCUUAUCCCGCAUAUAAAUGCCGCUGGUGGUGCCGCUUGGUUGCCGUACUGUGUGUCGGUGAGGUUGAAGUAUUCGUUUGGGGAGAAUCCGAAUGUUGGGUUUCUUGGGAUGGAAGGGAGUCAUGGUGGGAGGUCGUGUUGGGUGAGGGUGGAGGAUUGGGAGUAUUGUAAGCAGAGGGUGGUUAGGACGGUGGAGAUGAAUGGUGGUGGUGGUGGUGGUGGUGAUGGGAGUCAGGGGAGGUUGAGGGUGGUGGCGGAUAAUGUUCAGAGAGCACUUCAUAUGUGUCUUCAAGGGUUGCGGGGUGGCGGUGGUGGAGGAGGUGGUGGUGGUGGUGGAGGGAAUGUGACAUGA